GUGGUUAUUCAACAAGUGGUUAUUCAAGCAGUGGUAGCAGUAGUAAUUCAUCAUCAUCAUAUUUAAGAUCACCAGCAUCAUAUCGUAAUAGUUUAUAUAAUUCAUCAUCAUCAUUAACCGGUGGUUCAUCAUAUCGUUACAGCACAUAUGGCAAUUAUGAUACAACAUCAACAACAGGUAUCACAUCCGGAACAUCUAGUCGUUUUGGAAUCACUUUCUGAAGCAACAACUAAUAAUAACAGUAACAAUAAUAAUAAUCAAAUCAAUCAAAAUAGUAACAGUAAUAGUAACGGUUGUAAAACAGUUAAUGAUUGUAGUAACAAUAAUAAUGAUAAUAAUUAUACAAAUCAAAAUAAUUUAUUAUCAACAUCUACAAUAAAUGGUAGUAAAAAUUUAAAAGCAACAUCACCAACACCAACCGCUACAAUAUCAUUAAGAAAACGUAGUACACAUAAAAUAAAUGAUGAUGAUAAAGAGCAAAUACAAAAGCAACAACGUGAUAAAGAUAAUAAGGAAAAUAAAGAUAAUAAAGAUAACAAAGAUAAAGAUAAUAAAGAAUCUGAUUUGAAUGUUACAAUUAAAUUAAAAUCAAGAAGAAAUUCAGAUAUAAAGAAAGUAAUCAUAAAUGAUGAUGAAACAAAUAAUGUAGAUGAUACGACAGAAAAAAAUGAUGAAAAUGAUGUUACAACAAAUUCAAUAUUAAAAAGUAACGGUAAAAGUUAUAAUUCACGUAAAAAUAGUAAUAAUAAUGAUGAUAAUCUAUUAUCGACAUCACCAAAUUCAUCGAAUAAAUUAACGACAUCUGAGUCAGGAUCACAAUUGUCUUCUAAGCAACAACAACCCCAGCAUCAGGAACUUAGGCUCAACAAUAGUAAUGAAUUUUGUAAUAGUAAUGGAGCAUUUAAUGAUGUUAUUGGGUCAUUAACAUUACAUGAUAGUAAACCUAUAUCAUCAACAAUUAGUAAUAAAAGAAUAACCACAACAACAACAACCAACAACAGUAGUAAAAGUAAUCCGUCUUCAAAUUCUUCUUCUCCUUCAAAUAGACAGCAACAAAUUAAAUUGAAUAAUAGUAAAAAUUUAAGUUCAAUUCAUAAAACUCAAUAUUCUACUUAUCGUGAUACAAAUUUUUUAAAAACCGAAUGUGAAUUAGCUAGAUCACAAUUAGUAAAAUCAACAAUAGCGAAAUUUAAUCAACAGCAACAACAUAACCUUGAUAAAGCUUCCGAUGAUAAUUCAAAUAAUAAUAGUAAUAACGGUAUAAUUAACAUUAGUAAUAAUAGUACAGUUAAUAAUAAUCAUUCUGUUCAAACCAAAAAUAAUCAUCUCUGUGAUAAUAAUAAUGUUAAUACUGUAAUAAUAGCAGAUAAUAUUAAACAACAAAAAAUUUCAUCAAAUUCAUCAGCAUCAACGGCAACACGUAUAUGUUCUGGUGAUUAUGCUAGUAAUAAUAAAGUUAGUGGUUCAUCAAAUAAUGCAACAGUAAGUAAUAAAUUAUUAAUUCAUCAUAAUAGUAGAACAACAAAACUUUCGCCUCUGGUUCAUAAAACUGGUGAACGGAUUGCAAAUACAACAAAGCAAUUAUUGCAACAACAGCAACCUAAAAUAUCAAUAAUAUCAAAAAAUCAAAAUCAAGAUUUAAUACAACGACAACAACAGCAACAAUUGCAAAAUAACAAUAUGAAUUGUAUACAAAAUAGUCCAGAUUUACUAGAUGAUAUUAAAUAUAUUGAUAGUGAUGAUUCGGAAAGACAUCCAUCACAGCAUAGUUGUAGUUCAAAUCAACAACAACAGAUAAAACAAAAUUCACAAAGCAACAAUCAAGUUGGAUCAGGAAUAAUAGCAAAACAAAAUGCUUUAAAGGAAAGUUUAAAUACAGCAUCUACUACAUCAACAGUAGCUGUAGGUGCUCAUCAUUCCAGUAAUUUACGUUUUAUUAAUGGUUCUUUGACACCGUCAUCAGUACAAUUAAAAUCUUCAACAUUACCGAUAGCAAAUACGGCAAAAUAUCGUACCCAAAAUUUAUUAGCAAGUAAUAAUAUAUUUUUGAAGAAUCACCAAUCAAUAAAUUCUUCUGAUAUUACAAAAACAGCUGCAUGCCAUAAUCCUAACAUUAAAUAUAAUACAUUAAAUGAUUUUAAACGAACAUCGUCUAGUAAUAAUUCUUCAACUAUAUUGGGUGCAGGAAGUGGAUCAACAUCAUUAUCAAAUGGUGGAAAGUCAACAUCAAUCGGUGCAGGAAAUGUAAGAAAUGCAUUCAAUUCAAUUAAUAAUAGCAUUAACAAACCUAUAUUGACUAGUCUGAAAAAUUCAACAGUUAUUGUUAGUAGUGAUUUAAAUAUUAAUAAUGAUAAUAAUAUAAAUGCAAUUAGUAGUAAAAAAAAUUUUAAUGUAAGUAAUGCAACUAGUAGUAGCAGCAGCUUAUCUUGUAGUAGUCCAGUGUCACAUGAACAGCAGCAAUCGACAAAAUAUCAUUAUCAACAACAGCAACAACAACAACACUAUCCGUUUUCGUCUGUAUCAAAUUUUAAAACAAAAUUAAGUUCAACAACAGGUCCUACAAUAUUAAAUACAUCAUCUGUGACAUCUAAUUUAUUAAGAAAUAAUAGUUGUAAUAGUAGAGAAUCGACACCAUCCAGUUCACCGCAAUUAUUAAAACGAAAUUUUAAUAAUAGCUUUUUACAACAACAUCAACAGCAAAAUGGUAGUAAUAGCAGUCUUAAUAGCGUUGGAAGUAAUUCUAAUUCAAAUAUAAAUAAUACUGGUACAACAUUGAUUAAUCAUAAUCAAAAACAUAAUCAACAAUACCAUCAACAUCAUCAUCAUCAUCAUCAACAACAACAUCAUCAUCAUCAGAAUCAUCAACAGCAGCAUUCGCAACAGACGCCAAAAGAAAUUUUCUUUAAUAGUGGAAAUAGUUAUAGUAGCGGAAAUCGAACGAAUACACCACCACUUCAAACUUCUUCAUCUGUAUCGAUAUCAGUUUUAAAUUCAACAACAGCUUCAAAUAUAACAAAUAAUAUCACAACAAUUACAACAACAGCAGCAACAACAUCAACAACUGAAUCAACAAAUUCUAUUAAUUAUAAUAAAUAUGGCGGAAGAAAUUCAUCAACUAUCAUUUCUAUAACAAAUAAUAAAGAAAAUAAUAUUAGUAAUAUUGAAAUAAAGGAUAAUAAUACGAUUUCCGGCACAACUCCAUCGAAUACGACUACUACGAAAUUAGGAACGCCAUCUACAGUAACUACAACAGCUAUAGAAUCAAAAUCACACUCCAAUAGAAAUAAAUGUGAUAAUGAAGAAAGUGUUCGUAGUACUUCGAUCCGAAGUACUCUACCACCAUCCCCAACCCCAUCACGUUAUUGGGAACGUGAAACAGCAACUGGCGGCAGAUCAUCUAGUCGACAUUUAACUACUAGUAGCAAUAAUGAUAAUGAUGAUUAUAUAUCAUCAAGUAAAAAUGAUUCGUCCUCAGAUUCUUAUGAAAAAGGAGGAACAGAAGGACUCUGUGGCCUCAGAAAUAUUGGUAAUACAUGCUUUAUGAAUUCAGUCAUACAGUGCCUGAGUCAUACAAAAGAAUUGGCUAAAUUCCUAAAAACUCAAACAAAUUCUAAAUCAUCUUCAAAAGAUGGGCAAAUUUUAUACGAGUUUGCAAAACUUAUACGUGACAUGUGGACUACAAAUGUUACUAGUGUUACUCCAUUAGAAUUAAAAAGUGCAUUUUCUAGUAAACAUCGAAUGUACAGUGGUUAUAAUCAACAAGAUGCCCAAGAGUUUUUACGUUUUUUCUUAGAUUCAUUACAUAGUGCAUUAAAUAAUGGUGUUAAAGGUGAACAAUUAAAAAUUGAUGAUCACCUAAGUGACAAUAAAAAAGCUGAUCUAACAUGGGAAUGGUAUUCAAAAGUUGAAAAUUCAAUGAUAAAAGAUUUAUUUGUUGGACAAUUAAAAAGUACAUUAAAAUGUACAACAUGUGGUAAUACAAGUGUUACAUUUGAUCCGUUUUGGGAUUUAAGUGUACCAUUACCAUCAUCAUCAAGAUGUAAAUUAGAAUCCUGUUUAGAUUUAUUUAUUAAGGAAGAAGUUUUAGAUGGCGAUGAAAUGCCAACAUGUUCAAAAUGUAAAACACGUCGAAAAUGUACAAAAAGUUUUACAAUACAAAGAUUUCCAAGAUAUUUGGUUAUACAUUUGAAACGUUUCUCUGAAACAAGAUGGAGUAAAUUAUCUAAUAUUGUUGAAUUCCCUACUGGUGAACGUGAAUUAAAUAUGGCACCAUAUGCUUCCAAUUCUAACACAAAUGUUUAUUAUUCACUUUAUGGAAUAUCUAAUCAUAUGGGUUCAACUGCUGGUGGUCAUUAUGUAGCACUAUGUAAGCAUGCAGUUUCAAAGAAAUGGCAUGAAUUCAAUGAUAAUAUUGUUAGCGAUGAAUUAUCUGAAAGUCAUUUGGUUUCGUCCAGUGCCUACCUGUUAUUCUAUGAAAGAGCAAAUUGAUAAUAAAAUAACAACAGCUAUAAUUCAACAAAAAACAAUUCAUUUAAUCAAUACUACAAGGGAAUUAAUUCAAAUUUUAUUCAAUUAAAUAAUAAUUACAAUGAUGUUCAUGAUGAAAACGAUAAUGAAGACGAUAAUGGUGAUGAUGAUGAUGACGUGAAUGUGAAUUUGAAUGAUAUUAGAAAAGAAAAAUUUCGUAAAUAUUUAAGAAAAACAUUUACUAAUUAUAAUAAUAGUAAUAAUUUAAAGAACAAUUUAUUAUUAAAUGAAAAUUUAUCAUCUUUAUUUUAUACUGUAAUGACAACAAAUUCAUCAAAUAUUUUAAAUGCUAGUGGUGAUAAAAUAUUACGAAAAAAUGGGGAAAUUCCCAUUGGAACAACAACUGAUAAUUUCAUAAUUAAUACAAUAUUCGGUAUAUUAUUUUAUAUAAUAAUAUUUUUAUGUUAUUAUUAUUUAUAUAAAUAAUUAUAAAUGCAUAAUUUAUAUAUUUUUUUUUUUUUUUUGGAAAAUUUUCAAUUUCAAAAUUUUUGUAAUUAAUAAAAUAUUUUAAUAUUUAUGUGUAUAUGUAUGUAUUUAACGAAAAUCCGAACCAAAUAAUUAAUAUAGCAACGAAUCAACUUUGUCUUUUUUUUUUUUUUAUUAUUUUUAUUUUAAUUAAUGUAUGUUUUAUAUAAAAUUAUGUAAAAAUUUUUAUGGACUAUGGAAAGUUACAUGUUAAAAGAAACUGAUUAUGAAUUUUCUGAUUUAUUUUAAUAUUCUUAUUUAAUUUCUUAAAUUUAAAAAUGUUCUUGUAGAACAGUUAAAUUAAAAAUUUUUCAGUUUACAAUAACUUUUAUUAUUAUAAAAUGAUUAUAUAAAAGGCACUUCGAUCUAAAUGAUCUUACAACUUUCUUUUUUUAUUGAGGACAAUUUCAUACAUUACUCUCUCUGAUCAAUUUAACAAUCAUAUUUUGGUAUUUUCGUUUUAAAUUUGAUAUUUUUACAAAUUUCAUUUUUAAUAAUCAAUUUAUUAACUAUGAAUUUAAAGUAAAUUCAAUGUCCCAACAAUAUUUAAAAUUCUAUUAUCGGGUUAUUAAUCAACAAUUUUUGACUUAAUAAUAUUAAAUUUCAUUUGACUACAUUAAAUAAUUGAAAGAUUAAGUUGCUUCAAUUUAUUCAUGUUUGUCAUAUUAAUUUCCUCGAAAUAUAAAAAUAUUUUUAAAUUUUUUUAAUAUCCAUAAAUAAAGCAUAAAAUAUUUUCUAUAAAAUUUUAUAAUCAAAAAUUAAAAUCAAUG